AUGUGGAAAAGCUGCCAAGGAGCGCCUUUCCAGACCAAGUUCGGGCAAUGCAUUAUUGAGUGCGCUGGCGUUGGGAGAACAGUUGCGGACACUUUUGGCGUUAACCGAAUACUAAAAAUUCGCCCGAUCGGGUGCAGAACACCGAGCUACCAUUUCAAAGAUACUGGUGAGCUUGAAGCCGCUUUCUUGGAACAUGGGACGUUGUCGACUGCCCAGGCGGAUGCGGUUCUCAUUGCACGAGAGAAAAAUGAUCUCAACAAUUUGGGAAAAUUGACGAUGAAACUCUACAAAGAAGAACAGCAGCGAAAAAGAGAAGCGCCAACAGUAAUCAAGCUCAGCGCCAAGCCAAAGAAGCCCCUCACCGACGAGGAGCUCAUUCAACAUUUCGGAGAACCGGGAAAACUGCAGCUAAAGCGCCGAAAACGAAAGGAGCCAAGAAAGCCGCCAAGAAAAAGCCCAACCAAGGAAAAGCUCCAAAUGCGAUUCGAAAAACACAGAAACCGGCUCGACUCUGAUUGA